CUCGGGUGACUGGCUGGGGCACCAUGGAGCUCAAAGUAUGGGUGGACGGAGUUCAGAGGAUUGUUUGUGGGGUCACCGAGGUCACAACUUGCCAGGAGGUUGUCAUAGCCUUAGCUCAAGCAAUAGGUCGAACUGGAAGGUACACGCUUAUAGAAAAAUGGAGAGAUACUGAAAGGCACUUAGCACCUCAUGAAAAUCCUAUCAUAUCUUUAAACAAGUGGGGGCAGUAUGCUAGUGAUGUACAGCUGAUCUUACGUCGCACAGGGCCAUCUCUCAGUGAGCGACCCACAUCGGAUAGUGUGGCUCGAAUUCCUGAAAGAACUUUGUACAGGCAGAGUUUGCCCCCCUUAGCUAAACUGAGGCCUCAGAUUGACAAAACAAUCAAAAGGAGAGAACCUAAAAGGAAAUCAUUAACAUUUACAGGAGGUGCCAAAGGAUUAAUGGACAUUUUUGGAAAAGGUAAAGAAACUGAAUUUAAGCAAAAGGUGCUGAAUAACUGCAAAACAACAGCAGAUGAAUUGAAGAAGCUAAUCCGUUUGCAGACCGAGAAGCUCCAAUCCAUUGAGAAAGAGCUAGAAUCAAAUGAAAUAGAAAUACGAUUUUGGGAGCAAAAAUAUAAUUCUAACCUUGAAGAGGAAAUUGUCCGCCUGGAGCAAAAGAUCAAAAGAAAUGAUGUAGAAAUUGAAGAGGAAGAGUUUUGGGAAAAUGAAUUACAGAUUGAACAGGAAAAUGAAAAACAGCUGAAAGAUCAACUUCAAGAAAUAAGACAGAAAAUAACAGAAUGUGAAAGCAAGUUAAAGGACUAUUUGGCUCAGAUUCAGACUAUGGAAAGUGGUCUUGAAGCAGAAAAAUUGCAACGGGAAGUCCAAGAGGCACAAGUAAAUGAAGAAGAGGUUAAAGGCAAGAUCGGUAAGGUCAGAGGGGAAAUUGACAUUCAAGGCCAGCAGAGUCUAAGGCUGGAAAAUGGUAUUAAAGCUGUGGAAAGAUCUCUUGGCCAAGCCACCAAACGAUUACAGGACAGAGAACAAGAAUUGGAGCAGUUGACCAAAGAGCUGCGGCAAGUCAACCUCCAGCAGUUUAUCCAGCAGACAGGGACGAAAGUCACCGUCCUGCCAGCGGAGCCCAUUGGAGUGGAGGCCUUGCAUGCAGACACAGAAAGGGAGGCACCAUUCCAGUCCGGGUCUCUGAAGCGGCCUGGCUCCUCUCGGCAGCUCCCCAGUAACCUGCGUAUUCUACAGAAUCCUAUCUCCUCUGGUUUUAAUCCUGAAGGCAUCUAUGUAUAACAUUACCUGUCUUCAGGGUAGAGAUCCAGUAAAGGUACCAAGGACGGUGAAGAUUCCUUCUUUGAUUUUGUGCCAAUGAUGAACAGAGGAUCUGUUUCACAAGCCACCGCAUCUUUUUUCUGUCCUAAGUUGCAUACCACUUGGAGCCAUACCCUGUGCACUGAUGCUAAAGAACAAAGAAACUGUGUCUUCACACAUCCACAGUGUUGACGUUUUUGUCCAGCAGCUGUAAUGCCAAGCCUUCAUUUUUAUUUGUAGCAUUUUGAGAGCAUUAGGAAAGUAUUAUACAGUGUGCAUACGUAAAUAAAACCGUGACUUAAGAGUGAAGAGAAAUAUGUGACUGACUUAGUUUAUUUAUUCCAUGUAAUCAAUUAAUGAGUGAAUGUUGAUGUUUUAAUAUUUUUUAUUAAUACUUAUC